AUGGCGGUCUACCAGUUUGUCUACGACAUGCGCUACUCCUUCUUCAAGCUGCCGGUCAUCAGUGUGACCACUACCAUCCUCUACUUCACCAUGAUCAUGGUGCUCAUAUUCUUCCUCUUCACAAGGGAGCCAACAACAAUGCCACACUACGCAAGGCUAGACUCUUGCGACCACCGCCUCCACCGGUGCAGCGAGACCCUCUAUGUCAUCUACUACUGCGACCACCACCGAUGCAGCGAGACCCUCUAUGUCAUCUACUACUGCGACCACCACCGGUGCAGCGAGACCCUCUAUGUCAUCUACUACUGCGACCACCACCGGUGCAGCGAGACCCUCUAUGUCAUCUACUACUGCGACCACCACCGGUGCAGCGAGACCCUCUAUGUCAUCUACUACUGCGACCACCACCGAUGCAGCGAGACCCUCUAUGUCAUCUACUACUGCGACCACCACCGCGAGACCCUCUAUGUCAUCUACUACUGCGACCACCACCGAUGCAGCGAGACCCUCUAUGUCAUCUACUACUGCGACCACCACCGGUGCAGCGAGACCCUCUAUGUCAUCUACUACUGCGACCACCACCGGUGCAGCGAGACCCUCUAUGUCAUCUACUACUGCGACCACCACCGAUGCAGCGAGACCCUCUAUGUCAUCUACUACUGCGACCACCACCGAUGCAGCGAGACCCUCUAUGUCAUCUACUACUGCGACCACCACCGGUGCAGCGAGACCCUCUAUGUCAUCUACUACUGCGACCACCACCGGUGCAGCGAGACCCUCUAUGUCAUCUACUACUGCGACCACCACCGAUGCAGCGAGACCCUCUAUGUCAUCUACUACUGCGACCACCACCGAUGCAGCGAGACCCUCUAUGUCAUCUACUACUGCGACCACCGCCUCCACCGGUGCAGCGAGACCCUCUAUGUCAUCUACUACUGCGACCACCACCGGUGCAGCGAGACCCUCCAUGUCAUCUACUACUGCGACCACCACCGGUGCAGCGAGACCCUCCAUGUCAUCUACUACUGCGACCACCACCGGUGCAGCGAGACCCUCUAUGUCAUCUACUACUGCGACCACCACCGAUGCAGCGAGACCCUCUAUGUCAUCUACUACUGCGACCACCACCGAUGCAGCGAGACCCUCUAUGUCAUCUACUACUGCGACCACCACCGAUGCAGCGAGACCCUCUAUGUCAUCUACUACUGCGACCACCACCGGUGCAGCGAGACCCUCUAUGUCAUCUACUACUGCGACCACCACCGGUGCAGCGAGACCCUCUAUGUCAUCUACUACUGCGACCACCACCGAUGCAGCGAGACCCUCUAUGUCAUCUACUACUGCGACCACCACCGGUGCAGCGAGACCCUCUAUGUCAUCUACUACUGCGACCACCACCGAUGUUCAGAACAAGAUUAA